AAAGAAAAGAGAGGAAAUUUGGAAGCAUCCUUACCCUUCAGAAAUCAUCGAUCAACUCUGAUCUAGUUUCUGCCUAAACCUUUGUGGAAGCCUCUAGAAGCCACAGUCUCCUAACUCUCUCUCUCUCUCCUUCACUCUUCCAUAAAAGCCCCCUCUUAGUCGCCCCUGCCGCGCUACUCAAAGCUCAAAGCUUACCGUGUACGCUCUUUUUAUUCUUUACCACGCGUUCUCUCUCUUUCUCUCUAGAUUCUUCGAUUAGAAAUGGAUGACGAUUUCGAUAUCCCGGCGGCGGAGGACAUGAUGAACGAAGAUAUGGAUCUUCCCGACGAGAGUCCCGUUUUGAAAGUCGGAGAAGAGAAGGAGAUCGGAAAGCAAGGCUUGAAGAAGAAGCUUGUUAAGGAAGGUGAAGGUUGGGACUAUGCUAAAACCGGCGACGAAGUUGAAGUUCAUUACACGGGGACGUUGCUCGAUGGAACUCAGUUCGACUCGAGCCGUGAUAGGGGGACUCCUUUUAAGUUCAUUCUCGGUCAAGGACAAGUUAUUAAAGGAUGGGAUGAAGGUAUUAAGACAAUGAAGAAAGGUGAAAAUGCUAUUUUUACCAUUCCUCCUGAGCUGGCAUAUGGUGAGUCUGGCUCACCACCAACCAUUCCACCUAAUGCCACCCUCCAAUUCGAUGUUGAAUUGCUAUCUUGGACAAGUAUCAAGGACAUUUGCAAAGAUGGUGGGAUAUUUAAGAAGAUACUUGCUGAAGGAGACAAAUGGGACAAUCCAAAGGACCUCGAUGAGGUGCUAGUUAACUAUGAAGCUAAACUUGAUGAUGGCACGGUGGUGGCAAAAGCUGAUGGCAUGGAGUUCACUGUUAAGGAUGGUCUAUUUUGUCCUGCAUUGGCAAGAUCUGUUAAGACAAUGAAGAAGGGGGAGAAGGUACUUCUUACAGUGAAGCCACAAUAUGGCUUUGGUGAGAAGGGUAAGCCAGCCACUGGUGCUGAAGGUGCAGUGCCUCCAAAUGCGACACUCCUGAUUACCUUGGAGUUGGUUUCAUGGAAAACUGUGACUGAGGUUAGUGAUGACAAGAAGAUCAUAAAGAAAAUCUUGAAGGAAGGGGAGGGAUAUGAGCGCCCGAAUGAGGGGGCUAUUGUCCAAGUUAAAUUGAUUGGGAAACUGCAAGAUGGUACUGUCUUCUUGAAAAGGGGUCACAAUGAAGGAGAAAAGUUGUUUGAGUUCAAGACAGAUGAAGAGCAAGUCAUUGAUGGCCUUGAUAGAGCCGUGAUGACUAUGAAAAAAGGUGAAGUAGCACAGCUGACUGUUGCACCUGAGUAUGCUUUUGGGUCAUCUGAGUCACAGCAAGAGUUGGCUCUGGUACCACCGAACUCAACUGUAUACUAUGAAGUUGAGUUGGUAUCAUUUGUGAAGGAAAAAGAAUCAUGGGAUAUGAACACCCAAGAAAAGAUUGAAGCUGCUGGUAAAAAGAAGGAAGAAGGAAAUGUAUUGUUCAACGCUGGCAAAUAUGUGAGAGCUUCUAAGAGAUAUGAGAAGGCUGUCAAGUGUAUCGACUAUGAUUCUUCCUUUAGUGAAGAGGAGAAAAAGCAUGCUAAGGCAUUGAAGGUUGCGUGCAACCUGAAUAAUGCUGCUUGCAAAUUGAAACUGAAGGAUUACAAGCAGGCUGAGAAGUUGUGCACCAAGGUUUUAGAAUUAGAAAGUGCAAACGUGAAAGCCCUGUAUAGAAGGGCUCAAGCAUACAUUCAGCUGGCAGAUUUGGAUUUGGCGGAGUUUGACAUUAAGAAAGCUCUUGAGCUUGAUCCUGAUAACAGAGAGGUUAAGCUCAACUACAAAGUUUUGAAAGAGAAGAUUAAAGAGUACAAUAAGAAGGAAGCCAAAUUUUAUGGCAACAUGUUUGCCAAGAUGAAUAAAAUGGAGACUGUUGAGUCCAGCAAAUCAGCUGCCAAAGAACCCAAACCAAUGAGCAUAGAUAGCAAGGCAUAGGUGGAGAUGAGGCUGGAGAGACCUUAAUCAAUGACUACCAAAAGAGAGUUGAUGCCUGGUUUUUUUUUUUUUUUUUUGUUUUUAACUACUUUUGUUCUAUUUGUAGGACAACUUAUCUUUGGCACAGAGAAUGAGUUGUAAUGGAUUCCUCUGUCUGAAGACUGUUGACAUUAAAAAAGCUACUAUUUAUUGGUGAAUAUAUUUUCAAAGAUGGAAGACUUUUCGCA